AUGGUGAAGAAGGCCGACAGCCAUGCACGGGUGCUGCGCCCCGGAGAGUCGAUAGCUCUCAGUCGCAAGUCUUCAGAGUUUGAGAUUGUACUGUUCCGUCCGAGGCACCACGAUCGUGCCAAGGCGGCAAAGGAUUCUGCACUGGAGGCGGAGGUGACUGCUAGCUCCCCUGUGAGAGACUCGUCUCAAGAGCCUAUGAACUACACAGGUGGUGUCAAUACCGCCCUCAGCAAGGCAAGGAUACGGAUCUCAUCUACGGGGAAUGAGGUAGGACACGGCGAAAAGAGGAGAAGUGGUGGCGGGUACGCAACCUUACGUUCCUCUGCGCUGGGACCUAGGGACGCAAGCGAGGUGGUAGACGUCGACGAGCGGACUGCGGCCCCUUUCGCACCGGGAGCGAUGGGUGGAGGGAACGAAGGGAGAGCGCCAGGUAACGUACCUGCGGAUGCCCCGCUCUUUUUUGACACGGCAGUGUGCAUUUUCUACGACGAGCUGGCCAAAAUGGACUACGUUGCCCCGGGACGCACUACCAUUGAUUCCAAGGGACUUCACUACAAACCGCACCUCGUCGUGCUGGGAACGGAGUCGGCCCCAGGUGGCUACUGCAAUUUCAACAUUACCCGAUCCGACGGAGAGCCUUUGGGAGACGGCGAGGACGACGCAUUCGAAGAGGACUCCAGCAUUCUUGUCAAUCGCACCGCCACGAGCAACGGACCCGUUACUAUGGCAGCUGCGGACGGUGUGGAGGUGAGUCUGCGUCGUCUCAGCAUGUGCGCCGGGUUUCUCGUCUGUGCAACUUUAUUCGGCAAAGACACAUGCUUGAACCGCGAGCGCAAUGUGUUCUACAUGGUGAGGCGACCGAGGAGCUCGACGCCGCUCUGCUUGGUGCCGCUGUGUAUGUACCGCGAGCCCAACAACAGCUGCGUUUCUCUCAUGGUGCGCAAGGUUAGGCUUCAUGGGGAGACUAUUUGGGAGCUCGUCAGCGUGAGCGAGCCACUGCCAUUUAAGGAUAUGAAGAGUCUUAUCAUGAAGCUUCAGGGGCGUGGGUUAACUGAUCCAGCUCAUUUUGCACGCGACUGUGAGCUGAAAGCUGUGGCUAACCGAGGUGGCGACGGCGCCGGUGGAGGGACAGAGGAGGAUGUGCUCAGUAGCAGUGGGCAAAGUAGCAGCACCGAGCUGGAGGCCUCGGCCUCGCAUAAGCGCCUCAGCGAUACUCUCGAGCAGGAGCGCAGUCGAACAUCUAUGCGUGCGUCGCUGACUGCUGGACGUCAGUACCUGCUCCCGUCCAACCGUACCGGACGCACCUUCUCCACUUUACUCAUUGAUGUGCCGCGAGUGACCCGAGAGGGGAGACGCCAAUACAGCGUUGGCAAAUCUCAUGUUCAGACAGCUUUGUUUGAUGGGGACACCUCUGAAGUGGACGAAGUGCUUGACGACGCGAUGCGGGCGGUGGUGCCUUGCUAUGCAGAUGCCUCGCUUGUGCGGUACGAGAACGGCGCCUACAACGUCGGGUCAAGGGUGGGCAAUCUUGUCGCACACUACGUCGGCCAUCGCGAGAAGUACGGACUCGAUGCCGCUUCCCAGCGUUCGACCGGUGUUGGGCGGCCGGGAGGUUCGAGAGACGAGCUGCUUCCAUUUCUAGGUGCGUUGCGAGUGCGCUCCUCGGCAGACUUGGUGACGCCGCUUCCGGUGCUCGAUCGCUGCCGGUCCGAUGAUAGCGAGAUUGCUGCAAGGCCCAAGCUUCCUGCGGACCUGCUGUUCACCUCGCAAGACAGGCUACUUGCUGCCGGAACGCAGCAACACCGCGGCUCCAUAUACGUGAGCACAAAGAAGCGGCACAGUAUACUCGGGCAAGCCGGCCGUAGCUCGUCGCACCGCAGAUCGGGGGGUCGAAAAGGGAAGGGGCGGGCUCCUUCGGCGCGUGCUGGUGGAACGGGUCUGUCAAGGGCGAGGAAGAAGGCUAGGGGUGCGCGUGGGUCGAAGCCCACAUCUCGUAUCCCAGGGAGUCGCAGCACCAGUGGAAGCCCGCAGCCCCCCCCGUCGUCCUCAUUGGCACACAAGCUGACUGCACACAAAAUGCAUAGCCGCGUUUCAAGCGGCAAGUCUCGAGGUCGAAGCGGGAACCAAACGCGAUCUUCCGAACGGUCAGGUGAUGUUGCUGCGUAA